AUGGUGAUGAUCGGCAAUGCGCUUGGGGGUAGUGUUCAGCUGAAGGCGCAUUGUAGGUCGAGGGACGACGACCUUGGGGUUAGGGUGUUAGGACCUGGACAAGAAUUCCAUUUUAAGUUCUGGACAAGCUUUUUUUCAACAACCGUAUUUUAUUGUUCCUUUGAAUGGCCAGGUAGUGGUGGACUUCAUUGGUAUGAUGUCUAUGAUGAUGACAGGGAUUUCUGGGGUGGCAAGAAUUACAGAUGGGUUAUCAAACCCUUCGCAAUUUGUAAGUUUAAUGUGCCAACUAAGGAGUAUGAUAGGUGUAUGACUUGGAAGGAGAAGCAUAUGUGA